CGUUUAUUUUGGGUGUAACAAUACCUACUAUAUACUUUUGAUUUUAUUUACUGAUCAUAUGAUAUAAACAAACAAACCAACAUUCAUAUUCAACAAUGAGUUUGUUUUUGUUUUAAACGAAUCUAAUUACUAUUCGUAAAGAGAGAGAGAGAGAGCCAUAGAUAGGGGGAUAGAUAGAUAGUUACAUAUUUCGAUUAGUUUGGAUUUUCCUUGAUUCCCGCCCAAUUUGUUUGUUAUGUAACUACGCUCAGUAUGCAUAUCACUAUGUAACCAGUCCCAAGUUCCCAAUACAUCAAGAAUAAAAGUGAAUGAAUAUGAUAACCAAUAAUAAUCAUUCUACUAAUGAUGACAAUAACAAUAAUAGUAGUAUUAAUAGUAGUAUAAAUGGUAGUAUAAAUAGCAAUAAUCCUAUAAAUAAUCAUCCAAAGGAGUAUAAUUGGUUCACUAUAUCCCUUUAUAAUCAUCAUUUUAAUUCAUAUUCUACGGAAUUAUUUAAUUCAUUCACUUAUUCUAAUGAUUCCAUUGAUAAAUUAGGUCAACAAUUUACACAAUUAGCUAAUCAAUCAAUCAAUACUUCUAUCAAUCAUGAAUCAAUAAAUUAUAAUUAUAUUCAACAAUUAAUAAUCAAUAAAAAAUCAAUAAUGAAUGUUAAUAAUCAUAACUUAUCAAAUACCUUAGAAACUAAUAAUUUAUCAACCCUGAAUACACCAUCCUUAAAACGUGCGGUACCAAUUAUUGAUAAACGAUAUAAUAAAUCAAUAAAUCGAUUAAACAAUCCUAUUAUAUAUCACAAUGAUAAUAAACAAUCAAUAAAGACAAUAUCUAUGAAUAGUAAUCAUAAUCAUUAUAAUAAGAAUGAUAGAUUGCCUAGUAACAAUAUGAUCAUAGAUACUACAUCACUGACUUGUAUAACAACAACAACAACAACAACAACAACGAGUACAACGAGAACAUCAAAUUUAUUGAAUUAUCAUCAUUCUGAACCAAAUAUGAUAGAAGAUAGAAAUCUAUUGAAUAGAUCAUCUCACUUAUCUUAUUCAUUAACAUCAAUGAUAUCAAGAUCAUAUUUAAUGAAUAGUAUAUCAAAUGAUAAGAAUAAUAAUAUAAGUCAUGCCAAGAAUCAAUCACAAUCAAGUAAUAAUACUAAUAAUAGUAAUAAUAGUAAUAAUAGUAAUAGUAAUACUAAUGGUAAUGGUAAUAAUAAGUAUUCAUCCAUUGAACAUAACAACAAUGAUAAUCCUAAAUCAAAUGGACUUGGUCUUUAUUGUAUAUUAAAUACAAUUGGUUUAGGUAAUUUUUCACAAGUAAAAUUAGCAACUCAUGUUUUAACAAAAGAACGUGUUGCAAUCAAAGUUUUGGAUAAAAGUAAAAUGAAUACAUCAACUAGACGUUUGUUAAGUCAAGAAAUCUCGAUUUUAGAAAGUUUACAUCAUCCAAAUAUUAUUCGACUUUAUGAAGUCAUUGAAACAUUUUCCCAUUUAAAUUUAAUUAUGGAAUAUGUAGCUGGUGGUGAUUUAAAUCGAAGAAUAAUUAAAUAUGGUAAAUUAAAUGAACCAGAAUGUAGAAUUGUAUUUGCACAAUUAAUAGCUGCUGUAAAUCAUUUACAUGAACGUAAUAUUGUUCAUCGAGAUAUAAAAGCAGAAAAUAUCUUAUUCACAUAUGAUUUUAAAUAUACUACUCAAAUCUAUAAUAAAUCAUCUAAAUUAAAAAAAGGAACAAAAAUCAAAGGUAAUGAUGUUAAACAAAAAAAAAAUCAUCCAAAUUUUAUUGAUCCAAAUAAACAAACUAAUAAAAUACAAAAAUUAUUACAUAAUCAUCAUCAUCAUCAUCCUCAGAAACGAUCUAGAUCAUCAGAGAAGAAUGAUCAUUCUAUUAGAACAUCAUCAUCAUCAUCCAAAUAUAAAAUGAAACAAGAAGAAUAUCAAUCAACUAGUUAUGAUAGAAAAAAGUUGGGUAAAUCAAAUUCAAUUGAAAAUGAUGAAAUUGAAGAAAGUUUAGAUUUAUGCCCAGAUCAUUAUCGUGUGAAAUUAGUUGAUUUUGGUUUUAGUAAAUUAAUAAAAGAAUCAAAUCAACAAUUAACAACAUUUUGUGGUUCACCAGCAUAUGCUGCACCAGAAUUAUUUGAAUCAAAAUCUUAUCGUGGUGGACCAGUUGAUAUGUGGGCACUUGGUAUAGUAUUAUUCUUUAUGUUAACUGGUUUAUUACCAUUUAAUGGUACAACUGUUGGACAAGUAAGACGUUUAGUAUUAGAUAAUUGUGGUUUACAACCACCAGAUAGUUUAUCACCAGCAGCAGCUGAUUUAUAUCGUAAUUUAACAGCACGUCAACCUGAUCUACGUCCAACUGCAUCACAAUUAAUUAAAUAUGCACAAUUUGCUAGAAAAGAUUUAACACCAAUUGAAAUUGUAUUACGUCAACGUUCAACAUGGACAAAUUGGUUAACCGGUCAAACAUUUCCUAAACCAUUACCUCGAUUUAAACAUUGUCCACCUCUUCCUACAACUCCUCAAAUCAAACAAAGCCUUUUAGAUUCAUCUUCAUCAGGAUAUAAAAUAAACAAAACAGUAUCCAUUGAUAAAACUAUCUCAAAUGAUAUCGUUCCUUCAUUUGAUCUAAUUCAUAAACAAUCAAUCAAUACUAUUCAAAACAAUAUAGAUCAUCAAUCUGACAUUCAGACAUUGAAUAGUGAUAAUAAAGAAGGAUUAAAUGGGAACUUCUUAUCAGAACAAACAUUAUUGAAUCAUUUAAAUGAUAAUCAAGAUGAUGCUGAAUUAGAAGCAACUAAUUAUUUAUUAUCUAAUUUAGGUAUUACCAAAGAUGAAAUACAAAAUUCUUAUAAUUAUGUAACACGUUCUGCUGUUACUGGUGCAUAUCGUAUUAUGUUACAUAAAAUUCAUAGAUCACGACGUCUUAGUCAAUUGGAUCAAAUGACAUUAACCCCUUACAAUAAUAAUAAUAAUAAUAAUAAUAAUAAUAAUAAUAAUAAUAAUAAUAUGAAAUUAAUCAAAUUCAAUUCUAAUUUAUCAUCUAUUCAAAGUUCCAUACAUUUGGAACCAGAGAAUAACAAUAAUCUAAAUCCGAAUUCAUUCAAAUCUCAUACCAUAUCAAUUCCAUUAAAACAAAAUCAUUCCAUUAAAUUGAAUACAAAUAAAAAAUUGAAUAAUGAACAAUCAUUCAAUAAUAAUAAUGGUAAUAAAUCAGCAAGUAGAUUAUGCUACUUAAUUUAAUCAUUUAAGUAGUAUCAUAAAUAGUGUCAUAGUAAUAAAUAAAUUUUUUUUUAAAAAUGAUAAAUCAUUACUUAUUAUUAUAAUCAAUAUUUUACAAUCGAUUUUUUUUUGCAACUAUAUCUAUUUAUUGAUUUAUUGAUUUGCUGAUAUUUUUUUUAUUUUUCUUUCCAAAAAAAAAG